GUAGCCGUGACGGCAGUCUCGCGUGAUGAGACUUGUGGCGUCGGGAUUUUGUGAAAGACAGGAGGAGGAAGCUUGCAGUUAACAGCUUUGCGGGAGGUGUAAGUGGCGAUCCGGGACUGCGGCUUGUGUUAGGAAAAGCGGCACUGUUGGCCACUGUGCCUAUACUUCAGUUAGAGGGUGAAAUCUGAACUUCCUCCCAGCCUGUACGAUCCCCAUACGGCUCUACCGGAACGGAAACUGUGACAAAACAAGCAUUACAGGAAGCUGUGUAGGAGAAAGAAGAUGCAGGCACCCUAGCAACCGCCCUCCCUUCUGAAGUCUGGAGCUUACUGAGAGCAGCGGGCCGGUAAACCAAGUUCUGGGAAUAUAAUGUUAAUGGCACAGUCUGGAUUUCAAGUAGCCUCUGUCAAGGAGCACUCUGUUAAUUAACUCUCAGCAAUUACGGGCACUCUGGAUUGUGAAAUCUAAGAUGUAUGAAGUACUUUGUUGGAUUGGUAUUUUAAGGCACUUUUACUAACUGUGCCGCUGUCACUUAAAAAAAUUUUUAAGAAUUUUUGUCAUCUACACAAGGCGCCCUUGUUUUGCUUUUUAGCCAGUGGACAUAUUAAUGGAAUGCAGCCAUGUCCACCCAGGACGAAACGCAGAUCAAUACUGAAUAUGCGGUUUCCUUACUGGAGCAGCUGAAACUGUUCUACGAGCAACAGCUACUGACUGACAUAGUAUUAAUUGUUGAGGGCACUGAAUUUCCAUGUCAUAAAAUGGUUUUGGCAACAUGCAGCUCCUAUUUCAGGGCUAUGUUUAUGAGUGGACUUAGUGAAAGUAAACAAACACAUGUGCAUUUGAGAAAUGUGGAUGCCGCUUCCUUGCAGAUCAUUAUUACAUAUGCAUACACGGGUAACUUGGCAAUAAACGAGAGCACUGUAGAACAGCUAUAUGAGACUGCGUGCUUUUUACAGGUGGAUGAUGUGUUGCAGCUCUGUAGAGAAUAUUUAAUUAAAAAGAUCAAUGCCAAAAACUGUGUGCGGCUGCUAAGUUUUGCAGAUCUGUUUAGCUGUGAAGAACUAAAACAAAGCGCUAAAAGAAUGGUAGAGCACAAAUUCACAACUGUGUAUCACCAGGAAGCUUUUAUGCAGCUGUCCAGUGAGCUUUUGAUAGAACUUGUUAGCAGCGACAAUCUGAAUGUGGAAAAAGAAGAGACAGUCCGAGAAGCUGCAAUGUCUUGGCUUGAUUACAACACUGUGUCACGCUCACAGUACUUGUCUACUGUUCUGAGCCAUCUCCGUAUUGAUGCAUUAUCAGAAGUGAUACAACGCGAGUGGUUCCAAGGUCUGCCCCCCAAUGACAAGUCUGUAGUGGUUCAGGGACUCUACAAAUCAAUGCCUAGAUUCUUUAAACCCAGACUUGGCAUGACAAAAGAGGAGAUGAUCAUUAUAAUUGAAGCUGCUUCAGAAAAUCCUAGUUAUUGCUCCACAGUCUGUUAUAGUCCGCAGGCUGAGAAAGUCUACAAGCUUAGUAACCCUCCUGCAGAGCUGCACAAGGUUGGGACUGUAGUAACUCCAGACAAUGAUAUUUACAUAGCCGGUGGGCAAGUCCCUGUCAAAACCACCAAAAGCAAUCAUAGCAAACCAAGCAAACUCCAGGCUGCUUUCAGGACUGUGAAUUGCUUCUACUGGUUUGAUGCCCAGCAGAAUACUUGGAUUCCAAAGACCCCCAUGUUGUCAGUUCGUACUAAGCCUUCUUUGGUAUGGUGUGAUGGGUACAUCUAUGCAAUAGGUGGAGAUAAUGCUGGAGGUGAGCUAAACAGGAGGACAGUAGAAAGAUAUGACUGUGAGAGAGACGAGUGGACAAUGGUGAGCCCUCUUCCAUGUGCAUGGCAGUGGAACGUUGCAGUAGUAGUCCAUGACUGCAUUUAUGUUAUGGCAUAUAACAUGACAUACUGUUAUGUUCCGAGGACUGGUAUGUGGGUGGAAAUGGCAAUGAGACAAACAAGUAGAUGCUUUGCUUCUGCUGCUGCCUUUGAAGACAAAAUAUUCUACCUUGGAGGCGUGCAUAUUGGUAACAGUUCUGGAAUAAGGCUCCCGUCUAACACUGUGGAUGGCUCUUCUGUCACAGUUGAAGUGUAUGAUGUGAAUAAAAAUGAAUGGCACAUGGGAGCUAGCAUUCCUGCCAAGCGUUACUCGGAACCCUGUGUUAGAGCCGUUGUUAUAUCCAAUUCCUUGUGUGUUUUUAUUAGAGAAACUCACAUGCAUGAAAAAGCUAAAUAUGCCAUCUACCAGUAUAACAUGGACCUCAAUCAGUGGUUUUUGAGGCAGCAGAUAUCUGAGCGCGUUCUUUGGGAUUUAGGUAAAGAGUUUCGGUGCACUGUAGGGAAACUCUACCCAUCAUGCCUUGAAGUAUCCCCAUGGAAACCUCCAACUCAUCUGUUCUCUCCUGAUGGGGCUGAUGAAUUUGAACUUGACAGAGACAUGGUUGCGUUACCAUCUGUAUAGCUGGUUCAAUACCAGGCACUUGAUGUAUGCAUGGAUCUCGGUUCCUCAGUGAGAGUUCUUAAGAAUUGUGCUGUUAAGCAAUCUGGCUGGAAAAAAAAGUUUGCUUACUUUACAGACAUAAUUUGUAUGCCCUACUUAAUAUAUUUGUAGCCUUUAAUGCAUUUAUAUAUGGGAGAUGCUUCCAUUAUCCCUUGACCAGCUAAUGGAAAGAGAAAAGCAAAAACUGUAUAUUAUGCCAGCCUUAGCAUCCAGUUUACCAAAAGCAUUUAUAUGUAUCUUUGUGAUUUUUUUUGUUUUUGAGAUUUUUUUUUUUUUUCAACUCCUUGACAUAAGUUCACAUUCGUGACCCAACUUUUACUAGUAUUAUAAGUAAAACCGCUUUCUGGGACAUUCUUCCAUUAUCCUAAAGUACAUCUAGUUAGCGAUCCUACUUAUGAGCUGGACUAUAUGUGCAAAUGAGCAGUGUUCACCAAUUCUCAGUGCAUACCUCCAAGGGUAAAACCAUCCUUCUAAUAAUUCUUUUUUUUUCCCCCAUGUUGCCUCCUAAUCAUUUUUAAAAUCUCGAUUCCCGUGCUCUAUACACCUUACCUAACAGAAUGUUAUAAAUACUGAGACCGAACCCCUUGCUGCAUGAUAUCAUCUGAUGUAAAUGCUUCGCAGCAAAUGAAGUACCAGUAUGGGACCUGUUAUCUAGAAUGCUCAGUUUCUGGGGUUUUCCGAAAUAGGGGUCUUUCCAUAAUUUGGAUCUCCAUACCAUCAACUAAGCAGUCAUUUAAACAUUAUACCCAGUAGGAUUGUUUUGCCUCCAAUAAGGAUUCAUUAUAUCAUAGUUGGGAUCAAGUACAAGGUACUGUUUUACUAUUACAAAGAAAAAUGAAAUAAUUUUAAAAGAUUUCAAGAAUUCAAAAGUCUAUGGGCUUCCCGUAAUUUGGAGGUUUCUGGACAACGGAUCCCAUUCCCAUAUGUGGUUACAACAAGUGUGGCUUGGAAGUAAUGGAGAAUACGCAGUUUAACUGCAGGAUUUCUUUUUUACAAAGUGAUUUUUUUUCCCCACCAAACUCCCACUUUAACACAUAAUCUAUAUGAUAUAUAUAUAUAUUUUGCUAAAUUCAAUCUUUCCUGCUGUGGGAAUUGUAGUAUUUCAUUUAAUAACACACAGGUCAAUAGAUGACUGCAGGCUCAGUCAGGCUGUGCAAUGCACAUGUUUCUGUUGUCAAUAAACCUGUAGCUUUGUUUCAGUACAGGUCUUCCAAAGGGCCUUGUGACGUCUCUGCAGGCGUAAUUGGGCAUCUCAUUAAUUGCCAGCCCCUCGUAGUACGGGUCCCUGUGGAGCUUCAACCCCUUACUGCUUCACUGCAGGCAAGGAUUAAACAAGAGAGCCUUCACAUUCUGUAACCCACCUGUGUGGGCUCACUCAUACAAUCAUCUGCUGCUGAAUUCUUUCUCUUUUCCUCUACCCAUUUGUACAAACAUUGUUUUAGUGUGGAAUAACUUGGUCUGUAUCAUUUUUGUUAACUUAACAAGCAUUUACUGUAGUGUGAUUGUGUAUUGGUAUACCCUACUUUUGUCUCUCGCUCCUUUUUUUUUUUUUUUUUUUUUUCCUCCUCAUCUGGGGAAGGGAAGAACUGUUCAGGAAUACAUUUACCCAGCACUCUGCACAAGAGAGCAGAUCCUAGUGCUGCUCCGGCAUUAUUAAUACCAAUCCCAGGAACCACUAGCAGUAGAGGGGCACCGCCGCCAACUUACCAGGAGCACAGGUGCUUCAUGACAUAUCCUACUAGCAUGUUCAGCUGCAUCAUGUUCUGGCACUGUAUUUUGAAUGACAUUAAUUUAUUAAAAAAAAAAAUUUGAAAUUGA